AUGACCAACCCCAAAGAAUCAGCCGAAGAGAAACCCUCGUCCUCGGAGCGGCAACCCCAGGAGAAGAACAGCCCUCAAAACCCCCCGGGUGCCCAGGAGAGAACAGAGAAGAAUGAGAGCAACGUGACUCAAUCAGAGAAAGGUGAUGAAGGAGAUAAUGUGAGUGGUGAUCAGGAGAAAACAGGACAAAAUAAGACCAAAGCGACUCAGAACGACGGUGGUACUGAGACAGAGGGAAGUGGAGGAGACAAUGUGAGGGGCCAGGGUGAUGGUGAUAUUCAAAAGGGCACUCCGGCUGACCUAGAGAAUGAGAAAAACGUGACUCAAACUGAGAAGGGUCAAGAGAGUGGUGUAAGCAGUGGUGGUUCUUCAGCGUCAAUUUCCGCCAGAAAAAGAGGAAGAAACGGUGAUCCUAUUCAUGUUGGGUCCAGCAGUGGCAGUGGAUCGAAAGCAAGGAUGAAAGGGGAAAUGGAAAUUCCCAGUUGUGCCCCUGCAUGUUACGUAUGUAAAAGAACUUUCGCAUCGUGGAAGGCAGUGUUUGGGCAUCUGAGAUCCCAUCGAAGGCAAACCCCUGGGGCAUUUCCGCCACCAACAUUUACUCCUGAGGGCUCUCCGGAAAGGAAUAAUAAGGGUGGCAAAGCCCUCAAGGAGCAACUGGCUCCCGCGCUGUUGAACUUGGCUCGUGGAGCCAUACAAAAGAUGAGUCAAGACUCAAAUACAACUGUUGCAGCGGAGGUUACUUCUUCGUCGAGGAGGGACUUGGAUAUUGAUCUCAAUGAGCCUAUAACCAGCUUUCUAUUAGACCUAAAUAACCCUCCGCCUACAGAGAAGGAUGAUGAUGAUGAUGAUAAAAUUUAA